AUGUCUCUCUCCAACAAGCUCUCCUACAAGGACGUCGACUACGCCGGCAAGCGCGUGUUCAUCCGGGUUGACUUCAACGUCCCCCUCGACGGCGCCAAGAUCACCAACAACCAGCGGAUCAAGGCGGCGUUGCCCACCAUUGAAUACGUCGAGCUGAAGAAGCCCAAGUGCAUCAUUCUCGCCUCCCACUUGGGCCGCCCCAACGGCCAGGUCAACCAAAAGUACUCGCUCAAGCCCGUCGCCGCCGAAUUGAACCGUUUGUUCAACCACAAGCACGUCGUCGAGUUUGUCGACGACUGUGUCGGCCCCCAAGUCAAGCAGGCCGUCGACGCCGCCCAGGACGGCAAGAUCAUCUUGUUGGAAAACCUCAGAUUCCACGCCGAAGAAGAAGGUCUGCAGAAGACUGACGGCGGCAAGAUCAAGUGCCCCGAAGCUGACGUCAAGAAGUUCAGAGACGAAUUGACGCUGUUGGCCGACGUCUACGUUAACGACGCUUUCGGCACUGCCCACAGAGCCCACUCGCUGAUGGUGGGGAUUAACGUCCCCAUCAGAGCCGCCGGUGAGUUGAUGGAAAAGGAAUUGCUGUACUUUGGCAAGGCGUUGGAAAACCCCGACCACCCGUUCUUGGCGAUCUUGGGCGGCGCCAAGGUGUCGGACAAGAUCCAAUUGAUCAACAACUUGUUGGACAAGGUUGACGAGAUCAUUAUUGGUGGUGGUAUGGCCUUCACCUUCACUAAGGUGUUGGACAACAUGAAGAUCGGGUCGUCGUUGUACGACGAAGACGGCGCCAAGAUCGUCCAGGAACUUGUCGACAAGGCCAAGAAGAACAACGUCAAGAUCCACUUGCCCGUCGACUUCAACGAGGCCUCCAAGUUUGCCGAAGACGCCGAACACAAGGUCGUCACCGCCGAAGAAGGUGUCCAGGACGGCUGGAUGGGUCUCGAUGUCGGUCCCAAGACCGCGCAACAGUUCGCUCAAGUGAUUGAAGGUGCUAAGCUCAUCGUGUGGAACGGUCCCGCCGGUGUGUUCGAAUUCCCCGAGUUCGCCAAGGGCACCAAGGCGAUGUCCGACGCCUGCACCAAGGCCUUCGAAAAGGGCUCCACCGUCAUUGUCGGGGGUGGUGACACCGCCACCGCCGCCGUCAAGUUCGGCACCAAGUGCUCGCACAUCUCCACUGGUGGUGGUGCCUCGCUCGAGCUUUUGGAAGGUAAGACCCUCCCCGGUGUCGCCGCUCUUUCCGACAAGAAGUAA